CGUGUGUGAAGUGUGUGAGCUGCACUUGGCUUAUCAGUUGUUGCAUUGCCACAGUGAUAAUCGCUCGGAAUCGAACUGAAUAUUUUUGUGGUUUGCCUUUGGUAGCCUUUGGCCCGCAUCGCCCCCCUCGCAACCAACACCCCUGUACCUGAUAAGCCGCAAAAAGCCUCAGAACCUGAUAUACUUUUUAGUGAGAACUACAUAUUAAACACUUAGUUAGGCCGUCUAGAGCAACAAAAACGCGGUGCUACUACCCAUCGCGAAAGACGUGAAAACGAAGGAGGGUCCAAUAAGUCGGCGGCUAGGCCAACACACAUACACUCGCAGAUAAAUCAGCUGCUUUUUGGGAAGCAUGGCGAAAAAAUAGGGCCCAUUGCGAUUAAAAGUGCGUCUCAGUUGCUCAAAACAAAGGCUAAAGAGAGCGACGUGCUAAAUGUACAUAAAUACACACGAUUUGCAUCAUAAAGAAGAUCGAGUGCAUUUGCGAGCGCUAUACAGCAAAACCAAAACAAAGGGCAUAUCGACAUUUAGAGUAACUUCGAAGCAAUAUAUUUAUUCAUAUAUGUGUGUACAUAUGUGCAUUUGUUAAAAAAAUUAAUACAAGUUCUUAUAGAGACGAAAUUAAUAUAUAAUAGAACCAUUGUCUGUAAUUCCAUCAAAAGUAUUUAUAGGCCGGACCGCAUUUGCUGUAGCGCAAUAAUCUGGUGUCUUCUCUCCUCCUCCCCCGCAGAGCACGUUCUUUGUGAGCGGCGACUCUACGUGUGGCAAUAACAACAAACAUUGUUUAUGGCAGUGGCGUAGAAAGGGGGUUUGAGGAAACGCAGUUACUGUAAUUUAUUGUAUCUAUGUGCUUAGUAUGCCCGCUUGUCUUCAGAUGCACAAAUAACUUAAACAUGUAACUUCAACCCCCUUGAAUAGGUUUUAAGUCCGCCCCUGUGUGAUACUCUCUCGUUUUACAUAUGAGACCAUGUGUGUUGGUGCGCUAUUCUUGUUUUGGGGCAUGGUCUGAUUAGCAACAGGCGACCGAGUGUUCUCAGCCGUUCGACUUUUUAUUAAAUGGGUUGUCUGCCGGUCUCCCAGAGCCCCUCCUCCGUUGAGCCCCCGCCCCAACGCCCUUGGCAUAAGCUAGAAUGCGAAUGAACUCACGCACACAUAGACACGAGGAGAGCGAAAUUAAAAUUCAAAUGAGCAACAGGCACGCACACACUCAAACACCGCGAAAUACAAAAUAUUAUUUAUUCUAAUUGCUUGACGCGCCUCAAAAAUUAACGCAAAAAGCAGGCCUACGACGAACAAACGGAAAGCGCAAAUUAAAUGGAGAACGCGAGCUAAAACAACAUAGAGAUAACUAAAAGUGAAACCAAAAUUGCAGUUAAGGUUACAAAGCCGAAGUAUCAAAAGUGCUAGACAACAUAUAGAAAUCUUUAAAUCUUGAAAACACGACAUGUCCAGUUGGAGUUUGGCCAGUGCCGUGUCGCCAAAUGUCACCGGUGGCGAUGUCAUCCGGUUGAACCACCUAAAGUCCAGCUCGGAAACGCAUCUGCCAUCUCGGGGAUCCGGAUCGGCGUCUGGAGGGUCUGGAGCACUUCCUCGUCCCACGACGCCCGUGCCCCCCAAGAAACUGUCAUCCAAACGACCUCCGCACUUGACCCUCAACAUAAAGGCCAAGUCCCACGAUGCUCCGCUGGCCGAGACGGAAAACACGGUGCUCUCGACCAGUGAAUCCGUCUAUGGAACUCCGUUGGGCGCCACACCCAUUUCGUCACCUGCCAACCAAAGUCAACGCAGUCAGGCGAGCCAGCAUAGUGACGAAAGCCGCCACAGCAGCAGCACCGCCACCAGCGGAGGAUCCAUAUUCCCCCACGAACAGUACAAAACCAUCAAGAAGAUCAACAUCGGCUUCGAGAAUAUACGCUACACUACCAAAUUCGGAGUCUUCCAGAGGGAAACCAAGGAUGUGCUAAUGGGUUUAACGGGCUACUUCAAGUCGGGAGAACUUAGUGCCGUUAUUGGACCCUCUGGAGCUGGAAAGAGUACUCUGCUCAACAUUCUGUCAGGAUACACAACAUAUGGCUUCACGGGGGAUUUCCGGGUCAAUGGAAACAGGCGGGAUUUGAAGGCCUUCAAGCCAAACGUGGCGUUCAUCCGCCAGGAUACGAGUCUUCAGGCCUUUCUCUCCGUCAAGGAGGCAAUGCAUUUUGCGGCCAAUUUGAAGAUCGGCAUUCACAUGACACACAGCGAGAAAAGGGAGCGGGUAAAGUGCAUCCUGGAGGCCAUCGGUAUGUACGAAAACCGGCAUACCAGGACGGGGCAGCUCAGUGGAGGUCAGAGGAAGCGUCUUGCUAUUGCCCUGGAACUGGUGAACAACCCACCGGUGUUGAUCCUGGACGAACCUACAACUGGCUUGGAUAGUUUCACCUCGAAUCAGCUGAUAAAUCUGCUAAAGAAGCUCGCCAUCGAGGGACGCACAGUCAUCUGCACGAUCCACCAACCAAGUGCCUUGACCUUCGCCAUGUUCGAUCAUCUGUAUGCCAUUGGCGAGGGCAAGUGCAUCUACGCCGGAGGAGCCCAAAACCUGCUGCCCUUCCUGGGCGCCCUCAAUUUGCACUGCCCGGAGUCCUACAAUCCAGCGGAUUACUUAAUGGAAAUAGCAACUCAUGACUAUGACACGGCCGAAGACAAUCAGCUGGAGAAGCUGGUGGCCCUGAUGGACAAUGGUCGCAAUGAGGAUUAUAGACAGAGCAAGACUGCGCGAGUGGCCCAACUGGCGGCCAUGAAGAAAGUUGACCAGCUUAUGGCAGCGGGACUGAUCACACCGGUGACAGCUCCUGUCAUGUCCACAUCCGUGCCAUCGCAUUUCAUGCAGGGCAACACCUUCAAGCCACUUACCCCCAUCAAUGAGCUGUCCUCCCGAGUCUGGGACAGCCAAACGGCGGGAAUCGGAAAAUCUGGGAGCUGCUGCAAGCCAAAGAAGAAAAAUAAAUCCAGGCCAGCCAUAGAAUUGGAUCCAUCGCAUCUAUGCAAAAGGCAGAACAUCUACGCCACUCCGUUCUACCGACAGUUGAGCAUUCUGCUCGUGAGGACAUUCCUUCUAAUUUGGCGGGACAGUUCGUUGACUACGAUGCGCUUCGCUAUUCACCUGAUCACUGGCAUCCUAAUAGGAACCCUGUACUUUGGGAUCGGCAACGAUGCCGCCCACACGCUUAAUAUCUUCCGAUACCUCUUCUACACGAUCAUGUUCAUCAUGUACUGUGCGUUCUCAGGCAUACUGGUGAAGUUUCCGCUGGAGUUCCCCAUUGUGUCGCGGGAGCACUUCAAUCGCUGGUAUUCCCUGCGGGCGUAUUACGUGGCCAUCACCCUAGCCGACCUGCCCAUCCAGAUCAUCUGCAGUGCCCUGUUCAUAGUGCCCACAUAUCUGAUGACCCAACAGCCGCUGGAGCUCUGGCGAUUCGGAAUGUUCUUUCUGAUUGUGUUCGUUACGGCUCUGGUCUCGCAGAGCAUUGGUUUGGCGGUGGGAGCAGCACUGAGCCUAAAGCUGGGCUCCAUUCUGGGACCCUUCUUCAUCUGCCCGUUCCUCCAGUUCAGCGGGUUCUUUCUGAUGGAGAAGGACGCUCCGGUGUAUCUGCGCUGGAUGUUCGACAUAUCGUUCCUCAAGUACAGUCUGGAAGGGGCCACGAUGGCCAUUUUCGGAUAUGAUCGCGAGCCCUUGGCCUGCAAUGAGCUCUACUGCCACCUGAGGCACCCACAGUUCAUACUCAAAAGUCUGGACAUGGCCAACGGAAACUAUACGCUGGCCCUCAUCUUUCUGGUCGGCGUUUUGGUCUUUCUGCGCAUCCUGGCGUUCUACAUCAUGUCCUUCCGCCUCAGAUUGUUCAGAUUCUGCUGCCGUCUAAUGGCCGAUAACGCGGUGCAAGCUCAGCCAAAUGGUCUGGGAGAGAAGCAAAAGGCGCUGGAGCUGCACUUUAGCCAAGUGAGCUACAGCUUGAAGGGGGCCACCAAAGGAUCCACUCCCAUUAUCAACGAUGCAUGCGGGGUCUUCAAAUCGGGACGACUCACGGCCAUUUUGGGUCCAUCGGGAGCUGGAAAGUCCACCUUGCUUAAUGUUUUGGCGGGUUUUAAACUCCAGGGAGUUACGGGCCAGUUUCUGUUGAAUGGACGCCCCAGGGAUAUAAUGAGCUUUCGGAAAAUGUCCGCCUAUAUUGCUCAGAACUUUGUGAUGCUGAAUCUGCUCACGGUUGAGGAAACGCUGCGUGUGUCUGCGAACCUGAAGAUGCCCAGUUCCACAGCUGCUCAGGAGAAACAGAAAAUUAUAGACGAUAUUAUCGACAUACUGCAGCUGCAGGCCUGCCGCAGGACCCUGGUGAAGAAUUUAUCCGGAGGCGAGCACAAGCGCUUGUCCAUUGGCAUUGAGUUGGUAACGAAUCCGCCCAUUAUGUUUUUUGAUGAGCCCACCAGCGGAUUGGAUUGUGUGGGCAGCUACCAGGUGAUUUGCCAUCUGCAGCGACUGGCGCACGAUGGCAGAAUAGUUGUUUGCGUGGUUCAUCAGCCAGGCUCGCGACUCUUCCAACUCUUCGAUGAUGUCCUGGUUCUGGCUCACGGAGAGGUCCUUUACGCAGGUGAACAGCGGGAAAUGCUGCCCACCUUCUCACAAUCCGGCCACAUCUGUCCACAGUACUACAAUCCCGCGGAUUUCGCCCUGGAAGUGUGCAGCCAGUCCUCCACCACAGAACGCUGUGAAUCGCUGAUCACUCGGAACAAGAUGAUGCACAGCACCGCCAGUAAUGUUGUGAAGCUUCAUGUGGAUGAGGAGACAGCCUUGAUUGAUGUCCACAAGGAUGCCUUGGACUUGUCCCACCUGCGCGGUAAGGAGCAGGUGGGCUUCUGGACCCAGCUAAGUGUCCUGCUUCGGCGUCAUCUGCGCUCCAUGUCCAGAGAUAUGUUUGCUGUCCAAAUGCGUCUGGUGAUGCACGUGGUGGUGGCCCUGCUCUUGGGCGUUGUCUACUGGCAGAUAGGUGGCGAUGCUCAGAAAAUCGUGUCCAAUGUAUCCUGCCUGUUUUUCGUGAUACUCUUUGUGUUCGCCGGCAAUGCCAUGCCCUCGAUCCUGUUGUGCAUGCAGGACUCGGCGGUGUUCAUCAGGGAGUACUACAACGGAUGGUACUCCCUGGGAGCCUACUAUCUGUCCAAGGUCCUGGCCGAUCUGCCCCUGCAGCUGACUUGUCCCACAAUGUUCAUCAGCAUCGGCUACUUCAUGACGGGUCAGCCUCCGGAAUUCCAGCGAUUUGCCAUGUGCUGGGCCCUGUGCGUAAUGACCGCCUUCAUUGGUCACUUCAUCGGGGUGAUCGCAGGCUCCUUGUUCACCAUGCAGUUGGCCAUAUUCCUGGUGCCCAGUGCCACCAUUCCGUUUCUCCUGUUCUCCGGCUUCUUUAUCCGGUUGAACGAGCUCUCCUGGUUUCUGCGCCCCAUCUGCGACGUGUCCUUCUUCAGGUACAUCUUCGAGGGUCUGAUGAGGGCCAUCUAUGGAUACGAUCGCGGGGAACUGGAGUGCUAUGCCACAAACAACUUCUGUUACUACAGAACGGCGGAUCAGUUCCUCAAGGACUUCCAGAUGCAGGGCAAUGAGUUCUGUUGGGAUAUGGCGGUCCUGGGAAUGUUUCUCAUCCUCCUGCUGCUAGCCUUCUUUGUAACCCUGAACGCAGUCAUCCGGCGAGCUCUUCGGUGAUAUGGUUAGUUUAGUUACUAAUAAAGUGUUACGAUUGUUAAACUUUUUAUCUAAAA